ACAAUACAAAGUUACAAGCUCAACUGCUGCUUCUCAUUCUCAUUUCUCUUCUGUUCCUUCUUUCUUCACCAUCCGUCUUUUUUGGGUCUUUGCAAAUAAAGAAGCGGAAGAAAAAAAAAAAAGCUUAUCACUCCACUACUUGCAAAUUUUAUCCCUUUUGGGCCUCUUUGCUUAGAACACAAGUUUUUAUUUAUUUAUUUUUCUUCAGCUUUCCUUUUACUCUUUGCAGUUUGCACUCAAAUAAAGCUACUUUGGGAUCACAGAAUCACACCCACAGCUACAGUGCCACAUAUAUAUUACUGUUUUGGGAACAAGAAAUUGUACUUGAACUGUGAUUCUUCUGAUUCUCUGUCUCUCUGAUUCCCAAUAACACUUUUUCUGAAACUGUAUGGGUUGGUUUACCAAGUUGCUUAAGGGAUCCAACCAUAAAUCUUCGAGAGGAAAAUAUCAUGGGAAACAUGAUAAUUCCAUGGAUGAUUUGACAGAUGUUGAGAGAGAAGAAAUUGAUCGUGCAAUUGCGCUCUCUCUUUCGGAGGAAGAUCCGAAAGGGAAAAAAGUUAUUGAGGACGACCCUCAAUCUUCUGAUGAUGAACAACUGUGUGAACUUACUGAUGAAGAUGAAUAUCAUGGUGAAGUUGAACAACAUGAAGAAUUAAGCAAUCAUCACAAAGAGGAAGAUGAAUCUGUUGGUGAAGUUGAGGAAGAGGAAGAUGACCAUCUUAAUAACAUUCAACAGGAUAAUGACAAGCAUCUUGCAGAAGCGCAGCUUGAGGAAGAUGAACAACUUGCCAGAGCACUUCAAGAAAGUUUGAACAUUGAUUCAGACAGAGCUGAAAGAGAUUCUUUAUUUCAACCAUUUCCACACCUCCUUCGACCUGUAUACAGAACCUGUGCUGGCUGCAAUUCAGAGAUUGGCCAUGGCAGAUUUUUGAGUUGCAUGGGAGGUGUCUGGCAUCCAGAAUGUUUCUGUUGCCAUGCUUGUAAUUUGCCAAUCACUGAUUAUGAGUUUUCCAUGUCUGGAAAUCGUCGUUACCAUAAAUCUUGCUACAAGGAGCUGCAUCACCCAAGAUGUGAUGUUUGCAAGAACUUCAUCCCACCAAAUUCAGCUGGACUCAUUGAGUAUAGAGCACAUCCUUUCUGGAUGCAGAAAUACUGUCCUUCGCAUGAGCGUGAUGGAACUCCUCGUUGUUGUAGCUGCGAAAGAAUGGAGUCAAGGGAUACAAAGUAUCUCUUGCUCGAUGACGGUCGAAAGUUGUGCCUAGAGUGUCUAGACUCAGCUAUUAUGGAUACACAUGAAUGCCAGCCUCUCUAUCUUGAAAUACAAGAAUUCUAUGAAGGUUUAAAUAUGAAAAUAGAACAGCAAGUUCCAAUGCUUUUAGUUGAGAGACAAGCACUCAACGAGGCCAUGGAGGGAGAAAAGAAUGGUCAUCACCACUUACCGGAAACAAGAGGACUUUGCUUGUCAGAAGAGCAAACUGUCGCCACUAUUUUAAGGAGACCAAGGAUAGGGGCAGGAUACCGAGUCAUAGAUAUGAUAACUGAGCCUUACAGGCUAAUCCGCCAUUGCGAAGUGACAGCGAUACUUGUUUUGUAUGGCCUUCCUAGGUUAUUGACGGGUUCAAUCCUGGCCCAUGAGAUGAUGCAUGCUUGGCUUAGGCUUAAAGGCUAUGGCAAUUUAAGGCCAGAAGUUGAAGAAGGAAUUUGCCAAGUGCUAGCUCACAUGUGGCUAGAUUCAGAGAUCUACGCUGGUUCAGGAAGUGAUAGUGCAUCAUCGUCCUCGUCCUCAUCCUCAUCCUCAUCCUCAUCCUCGCCUUCCUCUUCUACAUCAUCAAAGAAGGGUAAACGGUCUGACUUCGAGAAGAAACUUGGCGAGUUUUUCAAACACCAGAUUGAGUCCGAUCGUUCAUCGGCUUAUGGAGAUGGAUUCAGAGAGGGGAACCAAGCUGUGCUCAAGUAUGGUUUAAGAAGUACCCUUGAUCAUAUUCGACUAACCGGAAGUUUUCCAUACUGAAGUAUGAUACAUAACUUCCUUUCUCUUUCUUUUCCUUUACACAAAUGAAUAUUUUCUCAGCUGUCAUAUAAAUUAUAUAGGGUAUCCAAAGAUUACAAAGUUACAUAAUUUCACAAUUCACAAUAUACACGAAAUCUGUAUAAAGAAAAAAUGAAAAUGCUCCUCUUGUGUCACUAUAAACACUUAAGUAGCUGGUAAAAUUAAACAGCUGAAGCAGUUAAUAAUAAUAAUGAGUAUUUGUUUUAUAUACAUUGAUGA